UUCCUCGUUAUUCCAUCACCAGUUCACCACCGUCUUCCUCAACUCUUCCUCUCCUCUCUCUUCUGCACCAUCUGGUGUGUGUGCGCGUUACUCGCCGCGUCGAUCGAAGAAAGAGGCGCACGGGAGCGAGCUACGCGAAGCAAGGCAAUGGCGAAGGGCGGGCUGUCCAAGCUUCGGUGCAUGAUCAAGAGGUGGCACUCGUCCAGCCGCAUCGCCCGCGCGCCGCCGUCUCCCGGCCCCGGUGAGGACGACCGCUGCGCCGCGCGCGGCGCGUCGUUCCACGGCGCGGACGAGGUGCCCGAGGGCCUGCACCCGGUGUACGUCGGCAAGUCGCGCCGCCGGUACCUCGUCGCCGAGGAGCUGGUGGGCCACCCGCUGUUCCAGACCCUCUUCGACCGCAUCGGCGGCGGCGGCACCGGGGCAGCGGCGGCGGGUACCGUCGUCGGCUGCGAGGUCGUGCUGUUCGAGCACCUGCUGUGGAUGCUGGAGAACGCGGACCCGCCGCCGGAGUCCCUCGACGAGCUCGUCGAGUACUACGCGUGCUGAGACAGAGUCAUAGAGCCUCGCCCCACGCCGCCAGCUCGGCCGUGACGCAGCGCGGCCCGACGGUGGUGGAAGUGGAAUGGAAGCUAGCUUAGCACGGAGCUGCUGUAUCAUUUCGUUCGGCAUUCUUGUGUGUAUGUAGGGUAGGGUAGAUUUGUGAUAAAUGGCAAAUGCGGGGGGCUAAAACGCCCGAUUGAUUCGCUUCGCUAAUGUAUCCUCGGUGUCGACGCUAAUUUGCUAAUGGAAAAUAAUUUGCGG